AUAUAUCUAGGUAUGUAGGCUUAUGAAAAGUACCUGGUUAAGGGAAAUGUGGGCUGGAUCUGGAGAAGAGGAAGACUAAAAGAAGUUUGUUACUGCGAGUAACGGGUUUAUUAGUUUAUUUCCAAACCAGAGUAAUUUUUAAAAUCUAGUCAAGUUUUCUGCCCACUACGAAGUCCCUUCAGUUAUUUCACGGAUGUUGGGUAUUAGAAAAUAACACCCAAAUCAUUUCACCAAGGUAAUAUAUCUAAGGACCCAAAGUGUUGGUGAGGUUAGGAGGCGGGGCCCGUCCCAGUAUCAGCUUUCUAAGGCCAUUCCCUCUCGCUCCGUCCCACUGUCACGCCGUGUCCCCAGCAGUUCCUUUGGCCUACGAUGCUCUCCUCAUUUCUAAGUACUGAAAGCCAUCAUUUCGAGGUCCGCCGUUCAACUUCACCUCGGCUCCAUCCUUCUCUUAUGGGACUCACCGUGUUUGAACCAACUAAUUUUUACCUUUAAAUUUAUCUUUAUUGACGCAUGCGCUCUCUUGUUCUAGUUUUCCAACUCUCACGCUAUUACUUAGAAUUCGGCUGCGCUAUUACUUAGAAUUCGGCUGCCCGUAGAAGAGAAAAUACGGGCUUUGCAGCUGGACACUGUUAUAUGCCGGCACGCUCACCGAACGAGCUGGGGCAGGUUCCGCAGAUGCGUCCGCCCCGGCGGCGCGGGGAACCCUGGGCCCUCGCCCGCCUUUCCGCUCCGGGCUGCGCCGGGCAGUCACGUGGCUGGAGGAUCGGGCUGCGCGCGACGUGGAGGCUCGGCGCCAGAUAACCUGUUUUUCCGUAUGGUAAAGACGACACCUGGCUGAUGAGCAGCGUGGUGAGGCCACUGAGUGAGGCAGAGGUGCAGACCUGGGAAACCGAGGACGAUGACAUGGCAGAAGGCGAUUUAGGGUAUGGCCUCGGAAGAAGGCCCGGUGGUAUUUAUGAAGUGCAAAUUUCACAUUUAUUUCCGUCUAGAAAAAGAUCAGAUGAACGGAACUUUAGCCCUCCCCCAUUUCCAAUAAAGGGGGAAGAAAGAAGUGGUGCUGUUUUUCAGCAUUCCAGGCGUGAGAGCUUGCAAGAUACAUACCCUGAAGGGCCCAGAAUUUCCCAUCCCAGACGACAAAGUAGCACCGAUUCUAAUUCAGAAUUGUCAAAUGUAGAAUUAAAGCAACGUCUUGAUGAAACAUUAGAGGAGGUCGAAAUUUUAAAAACUGAACUUGAGGCAUCUCAAAGACAACUUGAAGGUAAAGAGGAAGCACUGAAAAUUCUUCAAAGCAUGGCAAUAUUUGACAAAGCCACAAGUCAUACCCAGGCAGUGCUUCAAAAAACUGUGGAACAAAAGAGAUCCUUGGAGAAGGAAAUAAAUGCCUUGCAGUGGGAAAUAGAAUUUGAUCAUAAUAGAUUUAAAAAUAUAGAGGAAUCUUGGACCCAAAAAUAUGACAGUCAUGGCAGAUCUCGAUGGCGACCAGUUGCUCACGCUAGCUGCCGGCCACUCAUGGUAGCCCACGGCAGCCCACUGCAGCCUACGCCGUCGCUGGCCACUCCAGGUUUGAAUCAACAGUAUUUGGAGGUGCUUGCUAUGCUUGAUAUCAAGCAGCAGAAGAUGGUUCAGGAAAACAUGUGCCAUGAUAAAGGUGGCUUUACAGAGGUUUCAGGUCUUGAGGUAGGAUCACUAUCACAGAAGACUAAGAAGACCUUAGGGCGGAAACUGUUGGAUAUGCUUCCUUCAGAAAACAGCUCGAAGAGGACUGAAGACCAGGCUAAUCCUCAGGAAGUCUUUAAGAUGCUAAUAGAUCUGCUGAAUGAUAAAGAAGAGGCUUUGGCUCAUCAGAGAAAAGUUAGUUACAUGCUUGCUCGGGCAUUGGAAGACAAAGACUCAAAAGAAAAUAAAGAAAAAAAUCCUAUGAAAGACAAGUUUCCAUUAAAAAAUACCUGGCAGAAAACUUCAGAAUUCUCUGCUUUGCGUGAUCCUGUACAUUCAAAUGUUCAAAUUUUUAAUUCUGUGGGCUGCAUUUGUUCCAUCCAGCACCUUCAUACAAUUCAAAACUUCAGAAGAACUCUGAAAAGAUCUCAUUCUUUGCCAUCAACUAUCAUGUUUUGAAGACAAACCAGUUGAAAUUUGAACUGAGAGCUGUUUAUAUCAAGAGACUUUGAAAAAAGAUUGUGUAAAUGUUGCUGCAUCUUCAGAAGUUGUGUUUUCUGGGUAUUUCUAAAUUUUAGGAGGCAGCUUAAAUACUCAAAUGCUUUCUACAAGAAAUUUAUUAGUAUUCUGUUUUGAUGUAUUCUAUUUAUAAAUUAAAUUACUCUAUUUUAUGAAAUUUUCGUUGUUUAUCAACAUCUUAAAAACAAAUAGUGGUUUCUGAUUGGCUCAUGCAACAAUGUAAUGUAAAUUAAGAGCUCUAAGAAAUAACAAUGCCUAGGAGUGAGUGAAUGUCAAUUUUUUGAAAUACAUUUGUUUUGUUUUUGUUUUCAUUUUCCACAUAAAAGUUUAAAAAUAAUUUUAAGUUAACUUCAAUAAAAAGUUAAUUGUGGUGGGACUUUGGCAAAAGUAUAUUCAAAGUCGCAGCUAGUUA